GCUGGAGUGAUUCCUCUCGUUUCGCUCUUUCCCUUGUUGAAGGCAGUUAGUAUGGUCGUGCUGAGAGGAAUCCCCUCUGUUAUUUCACCUGAGCUGCUGUAUGCUCUGGCUAAAAUGGGCCACGGGGAUGAACUGGUUCUUGCUGAUGCAAACUUUCCAGCAUCUUCCAUUUGUGCUUGUGGUCCUAAAGAGAUAAGAGCUGAUGGUUUGGGAAUCCCACAGCUUUUGGAGGCCAUUUUGAAGCUGUUGCCCUUGGAUACCUACGUCCCUUCUCCGGCUGCAGUCAUGGAUCUGGUGGACAGUGACAAACAGAGGUGUUUACCUGUACCUGUGUGGGACACCUACACACAGCUCCUGGGUCAGGCUGGGUCUCAGGCUCCUCUUGAAAAGGUGGAGAGGUUUGCUUUCUAUGAACGUGCCAAGAAAGCCUACGCUGUUGUGGCAACAGGGGAAACAGCUCUGUAUGGUAACCUGAUACUGAAGAAGGGGGUCAUUCCUGCUGAGCUGCUACAAUGACACACACACACGCAUUAAAGUAAUUAAAAUCUAAUGAUUUUAGUCACAGCUGUACUUCUUUCCAUGAAAAUGUAGAGAAGGUGAAUGUUUUUCCAUACAAUCAAUUUUCAAUGGUGUUCAGUUUCCACCAGAAGCUGUGAGUUGAAAAUAUAAUUUAGUCUUUUUCAUGUUAAAUAAAAGGUGCUGUGUGUAGGAUUUAGUAGCAUCUAGCAAGGAUUGCAGAUUGCAACCAGCUGAAACCUCAACUGUGUGUCAGACGUGAACCCCAACUUAUAAUUCCUUUAGUGUUAAUUGUUCCGGAUGUUUUUCUCGGGAGCAGAAUCAUCUGCACAGGUCUCCUCAUCUCCAAAACAAACAGAUCAGGUGAAUAAAACAGUUUCCCAUCACAAAUUAACAUUUCUCAGACACUGUUUGGCAUGUGUGGAGACAGGCCACUAGCCCAGCACCUGCUAAUGUGUGCUCACCUUUUUUUUCUGAUAACUUAAGAUCCAGACAUUUAGGAGGUUUUUACUGGGUGCUGAAAUAUCUGCAGAGGUCUCUUACCCUCCAAAACAAACACACCCAGUCAUUUCAACUGGUAAAAACACAGAGUAAAGCAAUUUACCAUUACAAAUCAGUUGAGUGUCAAUUCUGGGCUACUGUAGAAACACGGCGGAGCAACAUGGUGAUCUCUAUGGACAAGGACAAGGAUCUGCUUCCUGUGCAGAUAAAAACAGCUCAUUCAGAGCUAACGAAAACACAACAAUUGUUAUUUUCAGGUGGUUAUACACAAAAGAAAAAAUACUUAUUUUCCAUUUUAUUAUCUUCCAUUUCUGACAGUAUAUCCUCCUAA